AACAGCGAAUACGUGUUUUAUCACUGUCGGUGAUAACUUGCGAGGCAAGUCUGGCCAAAUUAGUCUUAGCCCAACCGUGGUGAAGUUGAGUUGAAUGCGAAAGGCGAAACAAUUGUGUAAAUGAAGAAUGAAUUAGUGAUAUUUGCUUAGCGCUUAAAUAUUUGGAAAAUAUCUAAAAAUGGGCCAACAGAGUUUGGAAAAUCGUACGGUGAACGGUGAAGAUUUAGUGGACAGACAAGCGAGUGCUAUUGAAAAGAAUAACGAAAGCAGUGAUCCUCUCGUGGCUGAUAAGAUUACAUGGCAGUUCUGGAAGGCGAGACGCUAUGUUGUGGUCUUAAUGGCCUUCCUCGGAUUUUUCAACGUCUACUCCCUGAGAGUGAAUCUCAGUGUGGCCAUUGUGGCUAUGACGGAGACGAAGAACGUCACCAUGGAAAAUGGCACAGUGAUUGAGACGCAGGAUUUUCCAUGGGACUCAACACAACAAGGAUUAGUCCUCAGUUCAUUCUUCUACGGCUAUAUCACGACACAACUGAUGGGAGGAUAUUUGGGAUCCAAGUUUGGUGGACACUAUGUGUUCGCGAGUGGAAUCGGCGUCACUGCCCUCCUGACCAUCCUUACGCCGGUAGCUGCCAAGCAUAGUCUCUACAUGCUCCUGGCUGUGCGGAUAAUUGAGGGCGUAUUCGAGGGAGUUACCUUCCCUUGCAUCCACGCUGUCUGGGCCCGAUGGGCGCCCGUCUAUGAGCGCUCCCGGAUGGCCACACUGGCAUUCGCGGGCAAUUACGCCGGAACCGUGGUUGCAAUGCCUUUAUCAGGCGUCCUGGCCGUAGCCUGGGGCUGGGAGAGUGUUUUCUAUUUCUUCGGCGCUAUCGGCCUGGUCUGGGCCAUUGCGUGGAUGUUCAUAGUCAAGGCUGGCCCAGAAGACGAUCCCUUUAUAUCGGAGAAGGAGAAGAAUUACAUCUUGAACAGCCUCGGUCACACCGAAAAGAAAGCUAUAAAGCAUCCUUGGAAAGCUAUUUUUACCUCAACGGCGGUUUGGGCAAUUAUUGCUUCGCACUUUGCUGAGAAUUGGGGAUUCUUCACGCUACUGACUCAGCUUCCCACGUUCCUUAAAGAGACAUUAGAUUUUCAACUUGAGAAGACUGGCAUUGUGUCCGCAAUUCCCUACCUCGCCAUGGGUUGUCUAUUGGGGGUUUCGGGUUAUUUGGCGGACUGGACUCAAAUCAAAGGAUAUCUGACCACAGUUCAGGUCCGGAAGUACUUCAACUGUGGGGCUUUUCUCUUCCAGACCGUCUUCAUGAUGCUGGCGGCUUAUCUCUUAGAUCCCGUGGGAACUGUGGCUUGCAUAACUGUUGCUGUGGGAUUUGGAGCAUUCGCUUGGUCAGGAUUCAUAGUGAAUCCACUAGACCUGGCUCCAAAUCAUGCAUCGGUUAUUCUGGGAAUUUCCAAUACUUUCGCCACCAUUCCGGGCAUUGUUAGUCCCUUGCUGACGGGAGUAAUUACAAGCGACAAGACUAAAGAGCAGUGGCAGAUAGUCUUCUACAUUUCAUCUGGAAUUUACCUGGUAGGCUGUGUAAUCUACUGGUUCUUCUGCAAAGGCGAUUUGCAACCUUGGGCGCAGAAGAACAGCCACGAGGAGAACCUGGAGUCUCCUCAACAAUUAGGAAUAGUUAAUGAUCAAUUUGAUAUGUCUGAUGAGAAAAAGUCAUAGGUGUAUUAUAAAUUCGUAGAAAUUAUUUAAAAAUAAAAUUGUGCUCUAAUGGAUUAAUCAGUUCAGAUUUGAAUUUGUAUAACACAUGUUAUACAAAGCAAAGCACAUAAAGCA